CGAUUAAAAAUCAAUUGAUGUCGAAUGACCGUCCCGAAAAGAACACACAUUGGAGUGAAAUUGUGAAUAAAUUAUUGAAAGCGUAGUUAGAAAAAAUUCCAUAUGAUUCGUCUGCUCUUUGUUGCAUUGGCCAUCUUUCUCUUCAUAGACGAAGGAAUCGCUAUUAAAUGUUACGUCUGCACAUCAGAACAUGACAAGAGAUGUGAGGAUAAAAAUUUCAAUGGGGACCCAGCAUUUAUGUAUGAUUGUUCAAUGGAUCCCAAUCGCAUCAUUCCAAUUUUACACUGCCGAAAAGCCAAAUAUCUGAUAAAUGACAAAUGGAUCUAUGUUCGUAGCUGCAACAAACGGGACAACCUAACAGAAGCUAAAGAUGCCGAAGCUUAUCUAUGCCAUGCUGACUACUGUAAUUCCGGAGUCAAGUACAAUACGGGCACUGAGAUUAUGAUAUUUUCAGUGCUUGCUGCAGUCAUGAACUUUUUGCGUGCUUGAAAACAGCUGAUUACAGUUCCAAAAUACAGCGAUAUUCCAGACACAAAUGAAUACAACUCAAAAUUGGUGACAUCAUGGCCCAUUUAUUUGUGCAAUAAAUCAAAGUGUUUCGAAUAAACAAUUUUACAGUUUUA